AGAAAAUCUACGAGGACACUCCAAUAAAGUUCACAAGUCCAGAACGAAUUACUUGUCAGCUGACUACCGACUUUCCCAUCGAAUAAUCAGCGAGUGGAAUUCAUUGCCUCAGCACGUGGUUGAAGCUCCAUCCGUUGACUCCUUCAAAAGAAAGUUGGAUCAGCUGAGAGACCAUCAUUGACAGGACUAACGCAGGCCGUCAAGCCUCCUCUCCCUUCCAUAGUGAAACUGAAACUGAAGUGCCAUCAAUAAAAGCCACCAUGGCGACACAUACGUUACUACAAGGAUAGGAGCAUUCGAAGACCGAAUUCUUAUUUGAAUUAAUAUCAUAAAUGUAUAAGAUUACCCGCUCCAACUAAACCGAAGUUAUGUUCACUGGACGAAAUUUUUUUUACAAUCGUUCGACCGACGAAAGCGAAGUGACCUUCCAGAAUACCCGGUAGUACAAUUUUGUUUGUAUUGACUUCUGACAUUGUAUGCGUGAAUGUCUUGUAUCCAUGUAGUCACUUUUCUCGGUAAUGUGGAAUUGAAAUUGUAACUUAUCUUGUCAGAGUAAAACUUAUUCAUCUACAUACAUUGAUGUCUAUUUCUUGGCAUAUUUACCUGAUACUGUUGGUCUCCAAUCUUUAUUGUGAAUCUUCCUUCAAUGUGGCAGUGAGUGCAAGCAAUCCCGUUGGUUCAACAUUUAAUCAGGGUUUUACCUAUGGUGUGACCGAUGCUGCUCCUGAUGUUUCUACUAAUUCUACUAUUACUGCCAGUGCUACCACCAAUUUUACCACUACUACUGAUGGAUUCAAUCAGUCGAAAUCUUCCUUCAAUGUGGCAGUGAGUGCAAGCAAUCCCGUUGGUUCAACAUUUAAUCAGGGUUUUACCUAUGGUGUGACCGAUGCUGCUCCUGAUGUUUCUACUAAUUCUACUAUUACUGCCAGUGCUACCACCAAUUUUACCACUACUACUGAUGGAUUCAAUCAGUCGAAAUCUUCCUUCAAUGUGGCAGUGAGUGCAAGCAAUCCCGUUGGUUCAACAUUUAAUCAGGGUUUUACCUAUGGUGUGACCGAUGCUGCUCCUGAUGUUUCUACUAAUUCUACUAUUACUGCCAGUGCUACCACCAAUUUUACCACUACUACUGAUGGAUUCAAUCAGUCGAAAUCUUCCUUCAAUGUGGCAGUGAGUGCAAGCAAUCCCGUUGGUUCAACAUUUAAUCAGGGUUUUACCUAUGGUGUGACCGAUGCUGCUCCUGAUGUUUCUACUAAUUCUACUAUUACUGCCAGUGCUACCACCAAUUUUACCACUACUACUGAUGGAUUCAAUCAGUCGAAAUCUUCCUUCAAUGUGGCAGUGAGUGCAAGCAAUCCCGUUGGUUCAACAUUUAAUCAGGGUUUUACCUAUGGUGUGACCGAUGCUGCUCCUGAUGUUUCUACUAAUUCUACUAUUACUGCCAGUGCUACCACCAAUUUUACCACUACUACUGAUGGAUUCAAUCAGUCGAAAUCUUCCUUCAAUGUGGCAGUGAGUGCAAGCAAUCCCGUUGGUUCAACAUUUAAUCAGGGUUUUACCUAUGGUGUGACCGAUGCUGCUCCUGAUGUUUCUACUAAUUCUACUAUUACUGCCAGUGCUACCACCAAUUUUACCACUACUACUGAUGGAUUCAAUCAGUCGAAAUCUUCCUUCAAUGUGGCAGUGAGUGCAAGCAAUCCCGUUGGUUCAACAUUUAAUCAGGGUUUUACCUAUGGUGUGACCGAUGCUGCUCCUGAUGUUUCUACUAAUUCUACUAUUACUGCCAGUGCUACCACCAAUUUUACCACUACUACUGAUGGAUUCAAUCAGUCGAAAUCUUCCUUCAAUGUGGCAGUGAGUGCAAGCAAUCCCGUUGGUUCAACAUUUAAUCAGGGUUUUACCUAUGGUGUGACCGAUGCUGCUCCUGAUGUUUCUACUAAUUCUACUAUUACUGCCAGUGCUACCACCAAUUUUACCACUACUACUGAUGGAUUCAAUCAGUCGAAAUCUUCCUUCAAUGUGGCAGUGAGUGCAAGCAAUCCCGUUGGUUCAACAUUUAAUCAGGGUUUUACCUAUGGUGUGACCGAUGCUGCUCCUGAUGUUUCUACUAAUUCUACUAUUACUGCCAGUGCUACCACCAAUUUUACCACUACUACUGAUGAAUUCAAUCAGUCGAUUCAACUUUUAAAUACAAGUAUCCAUACACCAAAACUUAUUCAGAUCUCCAAUAUUACAUCCACUUCGUUCGUGAUCAUUUGGCCAGUUGUGAAAACUAAUGGAAGUCAAUUCAGAGUUUCUACUUAUGAAAUCUCGCUUAAUAGCCAGAGACAAUCAUUAUUAUUAAUAAAAAAUAUUUCGAGUGAAGUAUUUAGAGAAAAAAUUGAAAAUUUAACUGCUUGCACAAUUUAUACAAUUCAAAUGAGAUUAGUAAUAAAACAAUAUGAAACAGUAUGUAGUGAAUGGUCAAAACCACUGACUGUGUUUACUUCAAUCUCGACUCCUAAUCCACCUGUUAACGUUACAUUUAUUGAGACUAGAUCAACACAGCUCCGUGUUGUUUGGAUGCCUCCUGAGGAGAAUUCAGCUUUCAACAUCAAUUGUUUCUUGGUAUAUAUCCGUCCAACGUUUACUGUGUUUGGGCAUUUUCAAAAAUUCAAUAUUUGUCAUUCUAACGUGUGUGACAUCAAAUCGUUAUGUCCGGGAGUAAACUACACAGUUUAUGUUGAAUCGUUUGAUUCAACAUAUGGAAUUCGAAGUUUGCCUUCGAAUUAUAUUACCGCUGUAACCUAUCCAGAUAGACCUAUUAAGCCAGAAAAUGUAACAGUGACCAACAUCAAACCAAAUCAAUUCACUAUUAGAUGGAACGAAAUAAAACAAGAUUUAACAUUCACUAACAUUUGUUGUUCACUUUAUGUGCGACCAACUUUAAAUAUUAAUGAUAAUUUUCAUCAGUUUAAUAUUUGCAAUCGAAAAAGCGAAUUUACUGUCACUUCUUUAUUACCUAGAACAAAUUAUACGGUAUAUCUUAAGUCAUUUGAUACUAAAUAUGGUAUAUACAGUAAUGCGACCAAAUCUAUUUUAAUCUAUACAACAUAUCCACCAUGUAUUCAACCGCCAGUCAAUUUAACAAUUUCUGAAAUUAAUAUUUAUGGAUUUACUGUACACUGGGAUAAUGCAUUAGAAGAUCAUUUAUUAGAUAAUAAUAAUAACUAUUAUUAUGUAUUCAUAAAGCCUUUACACAAUCAUACAAAUAAACCAAUACAAUUCAAUGCUGGUCAAUCAGCUACAAGUUUCCGUAUUUUUAGUCUUUCACCAGAUACAUGGUAUAGUGUAUCUGUACAAUGUACAGAUACUACUUACCAUAUUAGUAUCAAAUCAGAAGAGAUUUUUGUACAUACAUAUUCCGAGACUGUUGAACGUGACAGUCUCAAUCAUCUGACGAAUCUGAUCCUACAUGUUCCACCAGAACAACAAACAACUCAUAUUAAACAAGAUAGUAUGAUUAUUUUGUAUUUACCAUUAUCUCGGUUAAAUUAUUUCAUUUCGACAGUUUAUGUGGUUUCACUCGUAAUAAAACCAACUAGGGAAAGUCAUGAUGAUGAAAUUAUUUGUUCUGAAGGUUGUACAAGGAAAAUGCACUACAAUGACAUUACUGAUAUUUAUUUAGUUGAGUCGACGUACAAAAAUCGUCAUAAUAAAGAAAAUGGAUCAUGGGAAAUACUUAUACAUUCACGGUUGAUAUUAAGUCAGGCGCGUGCGCGACGUUCAAUGGAUUACAAAAUGAAUGGAAGUUAUCUAUAUUCCGAUAAAUAUUUCAUAAUCGGUGAAAAUGGUGUAUGUUUAUAUAAUUCGCAUGAAUGUAAUGGCCCACUAAAACCCGCUACACAGUACAGUAUUCAAUUACGUACUUACACGGAAUUUGGAUAUACCACGUCAAAAAUAAUUCAUGGGCAUACACUGACUGACACUACUAUUAUUUUGAUCACAUGUUGUAUCUUGUGGUCAUUGUUCAUAUUGGCUAUUUCCUCAUUCGCUUUGUUAUAUUAUCGUCUUAUUGAAAGAAGCAUUAUUCCCAAAAAUAAUAAUAUUCAUAAUAAUAACGCAAGAAGAAAAAUCAAUAGUAAAACAAUAUUUAAUGGAGAUAUUUGUUCACAGAAUAUAAUGAAUCGGCCAACACCAGUUACUACCAGCAAGUUUAUGGCACAAUAUGAAAACUAUUCAAAAGAUUCAUUCGCAGCACUAAAAGCACAAUAUCAAUUGAUAAUCAGUAACAGUCAAUUUCUAAUACAAUCAGAUAUGUUGAGUCAAGAAAUUGGGCAAAGGAAUACAAAUAAACGAUUAAAUCGUUUUAGUGAUAUUCUACCGUAUGAUCAAACGCGAGUGAAGUUAAAACCACUUCAAAAAACCAAACAGGAUCACGAUUAUGUGAAUGCAAGUUUUAUUUAUGAGAUAAUACCUUGUGCAAGUGUCUACACACAUCCUGUACUAAACAGAAAUAAAAUAGCGUACAUUGCAUCACAGGCACCAUUAGAAUCAACAGUUGGUGAUUUUUGGAGAAUGGUUCUGGAUCAAAAUAUUACCAUUAUCGUUAUGCUUACAAAAUUAUAUGAAGAUAAUAUAUCGAAAUGUUGUCAGUAUUGGCCAAAUGAUAUUCAUGAAUCAUUAACAUUCCAGUCAGAUUACUUGAAACUAGAAGUAACUUUAUUAUCUGAAGAAGAUCAUCAUAUAUACAUUUUACGUAAACUAUACAUUACUUCUAUCAACUAUCAGUCAAAUAACCCAGAAAAUUCCAAAUAUGUUGUACAGUUUCAUAUGAUGACUUGGCCAGACUUUGAUGUACCAAAAUUAAGUGAAUUUCAAACACUUAUGAAAGAUUAUCGUGAAUUAAAGUGUGGAGAAUCACAUCGAUAUUCUCCAACUCUUGUGCAUUGCACGGCUGGUGUUGGUAGAACUGGUACGUUUAUUGUUGCUGAUUUAUUACAAAUCUAUACAGAAUCCAAUUGUGUUUAUUAUGAUAUACCUGGUAUCAUUUUACAAAUGAGACGAUGUCGUCCGUCGAUGGUACAAAAAGUUGAGCAAUAUAUAUUUCUUCAUCAGUUUGCUAAUACAUUAUUUCGAUGACAUUAGUUUUACCGAAAAUAUUAACAACUUUGGAAUUAUAUGUUUACUUCAAAUAAGACUCAUCAUUGUGAUUUUAAAAAAUUUCCCUCAACAGAACUAUGAUCUCAAAAGUGCUGGCUUUACAUUUUCUGAAAUACUCAUCUGCUUUUUUCGGGUGAAUAUUUUCUGGACAAACAAUUAUGUGCGUUGUUACUAGCGAUCAAAUGUUAUUUCCCCUUAUGAAAUAAAUGGUGUUACUGUCAUACGAAACCUGAAAAAGAUUGCCGUCAGUAUUUCAUUCAGCUGAACAGCAUAUUUUUCUCUAAAUUGCACUAUAUUUAGUAUCGCUUUUAAAUAAAAUGUCAAUAUUUUCACUUCUACUUAAACCUUUUUAUGAUCUAGUAAUAAUUCGUAUAUUUACUUUCUCCCUUUCAUUCUAACUAAUGGAUUGUGAUGAACCAUAAUUACUACUUUGAUAAUAGUAAUUAUUAAUAAUAGUAUUGUCACUUCUCGU